CAUUUCCACUCUCUCAUGACCAACCAUCACUUCAAACACUCCAUUCUCUCAGUUUUUCUCAUGCCAUCACCAUCUUCAUCUUCCUCUGCAUAUUCCCUUUACAAUUCUUACAUGGUUUCCAACUUCAUGGUCUCUAUCAUAGUCCCCUUAUUCCUCUUCUCCUUGUUUGUUGUUCAUGUUUCCUCUUGUAGUCAGAUUGAUAAACUCUCCCUCUUGGCUUUCUCUGGGAACAUAUCCACUUCUCCACCUUUUCCUUCUCUUAAUUGGUCUGAUUCUCUUGACUGCUGUGCUUGGGAAGGCAUUACUUGUGAUGGGGAUCUUAGAGUCACACAUCUUUUGCUACCUUCUAGAGGCCUCACUGGCUUCAUCUCCCCCUCUCUCACAAACCUUUCUUCUCUUUCUCACCUUAAUCUCUCCCAUAACAGAUUAUCUGGUGGUCUCCAGCACCAGCUUUUUUCAUUGCUCAGUCACUUGGUGGUUCUUGAUUUGAGCUACAAUCAUCUGUCUGGUGAAUUGCCACCUUUUGGGAUUGAUAACAGUGGCAAAAAUAGCAGUGGUGCUGCAAUCCAGGAGCUGGAUUUGUCCAGCAACUUUUUCAACGGGACACUUCCAAAUUCUUUGCUCGAGAACUUGGCAGCUGCUGCAGCUGGAGGAAGUCUGGUGUCUUUGAAUGUUAGUAAUAACAGCUUCAUAGGUCAUAUUCCCACUUCCCUGUUUUGCAUUAGUGACCGUAACUCCUCCUCUCUAAGAUUCUAGGAUUAUUCCUCCAAUGAUUUUGAUGGUGCCAUUCAGCCUGGACUUGGAGCAUGUUCCAAGCUGGAGAGAUUUAGAGCAGGCUUCAAUUUUCUGUCAGGGCCUACUCCAAGUGAUCUUUUUGAUGAUGUUUCUCUCAAAGAAAUCUCAUUGCCCCUCAAUAGACUCACUGGAACAAUUGGCGAUUGUAUAGUUGGCCUUACCAACCUCACAGUUUUGGAGCUCUACUCCAAUCAUUUCACAGGUUUCAUCCCCCGUGAAAUUGGUAAACUGUCCAAGUUGGAACGGCUAGUCCUUCAUGUCAACAAUUUGACAGGUACUAUGCCCCCAUCUGUGAUGAACUGUGUCAAUCUUAUGGUGUUCAAUUUAAGGGUGAAUCUCUUGGAGGGAAAUAUCCCUGCAUUCAAUUUCUCAGGAUUCCUCAGCCUUACUACACUUGAUCUUGGCAACAAUUAUUUUAUCGGUGGUUUACCACCAACCCUUUAUGCAUGCAAAUCACUUUCAGCUGUGAGGUUUGCAUCUAAUCAGGUUGAGGGAGAGAUUUCUCCCAGGAUACUUGAACUACAGUCUUUGUCUUUCCUAUCAAUUUCUCGGUGA